AUUCGGGAAGCGGGUGCCGCAGUGUUGGGUGGGUCAGACCGUCAGACGUCCUAGGACGUCGCUGUUGCUUCCCUUGCACCUGCAGGAAAAAUUCCCUUUUCCAGAAAUGGUCAAACUAUUCGCCAAAUCGCCAUGUUGCGCGGCAUCGCGCUGUCUCACCAACAGGACGUAGGGUGCUAUGGUUUGAAUGAUGUCUAAGUAAGGAACAAUAAUGGAAAUCGCCAUGUCAAUGACUGGAAGUGCAAUAGACUGUUACGAAGACAUGUUCAAAGAAAUAACAAAAAAGCUGUACGGCGAAGAUGGCCUACCGGAUAUAAGUAAUAACGAAAAAGCUGGUUGUACAACUCAGCAACGCAUAGUAGCGAUGGAGUACGAGUCAGAAUCAGAAAACCCCAUCCUGAAACCAGACGAGCACCUCACAGCCUUCGGACUAGCCGCGCUCAUGCAAAACGGCUUUCCAACAGGAGGAAUCCUGAACACAGGAUUCCAGUGUCAUAAAAGCAGUCCUGGAAUUCUCCUAGGUUCGGUCUUAGAAGAUAAAUGGAUUAGCAGUGAGGACAACCUUCCUUGGACGCAAUCAAAAAUCGCCAUGUACAAUCCCAGCCAAAAGCUCUUCAGAUGUUCUGAGUGUGACUGUGUCGGAUAUCUUCUAAGGGUCGCAGAACACUGGUUGGGAACUCACUCCAACUUGAGGGCUUUUCAUUGCCCUCAAUGUCACUACGAGAGUGCCUGGGCAAGGUGCGUCAGGAUUCAUCUCCAUCGGCAACAUAACAUCAACACCGAUGAUUCUUGUGAUAGUUUGAUAAAAGAUAACCCAGUACUCCAAGAGGUGAUGAAACAUUUGCAAAAGUUAAAGAAUAAAGUGGAAGGCAAUAAGUCAAAUAGCACAAACGAUUCUUAUUCUCAGAAUCAACCCAACGUGAAUAAUACGUCCAAUUCAAAUGUCACCCAGUCACCAACGAAUUCAGAUCUUUCCAAUAUAACCAGCAAAAGAUAUCGUUGCACCUAUUGCCCUUAUGCGACAGAUAGAAGGGAUCUAUUCACAAGACACGAAAACAUUCACAGGGAAGAAAAGCCCUUCCAAUGUUAUGUAUGUCAAAAGCAGUUCAACAGAGCAGAUCACGUUAAGAAACAUUUCCUCAGGAUGCAUAGAGAUGAUCCCUAUGAUCUCAACAGGAUUAGAAGGCACCCCCCAAAGAAUGCUUCAGGGAUGUCGUACUAUCAGAAGUACCACACUGGUCCUGCUGUUGGAAAUUCGAAUGACCUGGCAACCCUAGGAGCACUGUCCAUUCCAGGGCUGCCCCGGAGCUUACCACCGAACGCAAGAAUGCAACAGGAUAUGAAAUCCAUAGCAAAAUCAUCUAGCAGUAGUUUGAGCAACGGUCUCGGCAAAAGCAGCAAAAAGAAAGGUGAAAAAAGGUUCUCUUGCUGCUAUUGCUCAUGGUCAGGAGUAGACAACUGGUGCCUUAAAAGACAUAUGAACACCCAUCUGAAACCGUUCGUAUGUGCUUUAUGUGACUACAAGGCAGCAAGAUCUGAGAGACUUGCCACUCAUGUACUGAAGGUUCACAACAAGAGGUCAUGCGGAAAAUGCAACUUCCUUGCUGAUGACCUCACUCAACUGUCAAUCCACCAACUGGAACAACAUCCAUUGGAACAAAGAAGUCGGCCAUCAAACUCAAAUAACGUGUUAAGAACCAACAGUUUCAAUGGAGGUAGCACUAUCAGUUCUGCGCCGACAUCUGGAUAUCCACCAAGCUCUAGUUUGACUGCUUGUAGUCAAGGACAAAAUAACGGCAUCUUCAGCACCGCGGCGGCAGCAGCUGCAGCCCUUCUCCAGAACAGCAGCCAUCAGUUUCUCCAAGCUUCAGACAUGAAGGGUUGGAACAAAGACAUGCCAAAGGCUCACGGAGCUGCUCGUCUCUUCAAUUACAUGGAAGCCAGCGAUGGUGAGGCUUCCGACCCAGAAAGUGAGCCACAGCAACUGGAAGCCAGACCCAGCCUGACCCAGAAACUGCAGUCGGAUUUUCUUGAGGCGGGAGAUGUUGAUAAGACAGACGAAGACAUCGGGGAAGAAACAGAACUACCAUUGUUUGUGUGCCCCAUGUGCGGUUGUGAGUUCGAAGACGAUGCUUCUCUAGAGACACACCAAUACACACAUAGCCGCGGCACAACAUCUCCCGCAACUCAAGAGGAAUCCAAGGAAAAUGUAGAUCCAGAUUUCAAAUAUAAAUGCAGAGUUUGCGAUACACAGUUUUGCACUCAGCGAGCCAUCAUGUCACAUAUGAACCAGCACUCUAGUUUGCUUUCGAAACCGGUGAUAACACCACAACCAGUGCAGAAGAAAAAACAAAUCCGUCCAAAAAAGGAUCUACCAUUCUGGGACUUGGAUGAAGUAGAAGUGCUGAAACACCUGAAUGGAAAACUAAAGAAGUGGAAAUGCUCGUUGGUGACAGCAAGUAGAGGCAACAGAAAACUGGUUAACAAAUACAUCGCCCAAAUGGUAUCUAGAAGGGGCUUUUCGUGUACCUGCUGUAAAAACAACGGUAUUAACAAAUAUCACACAAGAACGUGUUUGGCGCUUCACCAGUAUUUGAGGCAAACUAAGAAGAGGUUUAAAUGUGAACAUUGUGAUUUAUACUUCCGUCAUAGAUACCAGAUUAUACUCCAUACAAGUCGGGUACACAAAAAGAAUCACACCCAAGAAGAAUCUUCCAAUGAAUCUCAGCGUCAGUCAGAAAACAAUAACACUCAGUCAGCGUCGAAUACAGAACCAGGAAGUUCUUUUGCGACAAAUUCCCAGUCUAUCUAUGUACCUGAAGUUAUUUCUAGCGCACACAAGUUGGUAGGAAUGUCUUUCUUCGAUCAUCCAUUUCCUCAUUCUUCUAAUGCUUCCAGUACUGUCAAUAACCAUAUGCCUAUCAUCAUACCUACCUUCCCUCCAAAUUGAAGAGCUGUUAUCAAAUGUAAGCUUUGGCUCAAACAAACUGCAAGAUGAGCUUAUUUUCUCAGUUGAAAGUAGUAAGUGUUUAGACGUAAAACAAGCUAUGUGAGUCAAAUACUAAACAGCAACCAAUAAAAUUAAAAAAAUCCGCGGUUAUCUUAUAAAGCGUUUUCCAUUAAGGACUUGACAACUUUCUUUUUAAAUAAACCAUUUGAGAUAUCUCGAAAAUUUUAUUAUUGGAUUGAAGUAUACUCAAAACAUUUAUGUAUGGAAUUCGACCUCGUUCAUAUGUCCACCACGGGCACGUUCGCAGCGAUCGAUUCGUUGAACACAAUUUUCAAUGGCUCGGCCACACAUUUCGACAGAAACGGCCGCUAUAUCUCGUUCAUUAUAUUGACUCUGAGCUCCUCUAAUGACCCCGGCUUGUUGGCAUAGACCAAUUAUUUAAUGUAGCCCCACAUAAAGAAGUCUAGACGUGUUAAAUCACACGAUCUAGGCGGCCAUUCGACAUGACCAUUUCUCGAUAUAACACGUCCACCGAAUUUUGAUUUCAAUAUGUCGAUUGUUUCACCCGCUGUGUGGCUUGUGGCACCGUCUUGGUGAAACCAUAUAUCAUUAAUGUCUAACCCACCCAACUGACCAAAAAAAUAACGUUGCAACAUCUCUCUGUAGCGAUCUCUGUUGACGGUCAUUGUCAUCAACAAAAAAAAAACGGCACAAUGACACCAACGGCAUGAAAACCACACCAUACAGUUAUGUUUUGUAGAUGAAGUGGCAUUUCUUGAAGCACAUGAGGGUUUUCACCUGACCAAUAAUGCUUUAGUUCUUGAGUUGACUUGAUCUUAUAAGGGUGCAGGCCAAGAUCUCUCCGCAAAAUUCGCCAUAGUGUGGUCUGAGCGAUGCCCAAUUCUUGAGAACGCCCUGGAAUCGACGUGUUCUGUUCGUUUGAGACGGAAGCUUGAAUGGCAGCAAUAUACUCGGCACUUCAACCAACCCGUUGUCUCACUGUCACAGAAACAUCCAACAGCGAGUAUGUGUACUAACAUUUGUUUUACUAGACUAUGAAUUGCUUGUCUACGGGGACGAGAAUUACGACCAAAAAUUAGCGUUAACGCUCUUACAGUUGCAGUCGCCGACUCCGAAUUUCGGUAGUAAAUUUUAAUUAUUGUAAGCGUUGUUCGUUCGUGUACUUCGCUAUGAUGAAAAGGUUUUCUUUACUGAAUGUUUUGACAUUGACACUUCGGUAAUUGAUUUAAAGGUGCGUUCACAGUAAAAGUUCAAAGUCGUCAAGUCCCUAUUGGAAAACCGGAUAUAAUUAUCAGUGCUCUAUUUGCCUGAGUUGGUACAAUAUUCACACCAAAUUCAAAUGAUAUACGUUAGACACAAGUUCCUCAAAGUCCACAUAUGAAUAGUCACUUUUUGUUUGCUUAAAACAAUAUACAGGAUGUGUCACAAUAAAAUAUGGACUACAUAAAAAAAUAUGCAACAAGAUUCAAUAAAAAAUGUCAUACGUGGCUUUCCUACGGAGAUACAUCGUCCUAAAGGAUGCCACUAGAAAUCUGAAUGUCGUUUUGCAACUGCAAGAGCUUGCAUGCAGUUAUCUUGCCAUGUUUUCUCGAUUCAAACGCCAACCUAAAUGAAUGGAACUUUCCCUGUCACAUUAAUAACCUAUAGUUUAGAUUUUUCCUUUUUACCCUUCAGAACACACAGUUUUAAUAUCCAAAAACUAGUUUCAAUCGGCGAAGAUUCAACAUCAAAACUUAAGCAAACAUACAGGCUGUCCCAACGAAAAUGUAACGUAGUUAUAUGAGCAAACUGGAAAAAAUAUCAAAAAUCUGUUUUCGUGACAAUCUCGGCAUGUUACUAAUAGUUCAUAUUUUGAAAUUAUUUUAAUAUAUACAGGAUGUUUCGUAGCUUCGUGCCAUACCAAAUAUUUUUUUUAAAUAGAACACCCUAUAAUUUAUUGCAUAUUUGAAUAAGGCUUCUAAAAAUAAGAAGUUUGAUAUGAUAUAUGGUUCCAAUUGUCGAUUGCUUAGAUCUGAAAAAAUCUGAAAAAAUGCUCAGCUUUGACGGCUAGCAGCUCCGCCAUUUUUGAAGAUAUUUAGAUAAAUCUUAGUUCACAAAAAUAUUAUUAUCAUCGAUUUUAAGCUGAUAUCAAAAAAGUGCUGAUUUUUUUUGAUUUAUACAGGAUAUCUCAAAAUGAAAAAUGUACCUUUUCUCGAAAAUUCCAGGUAUAACAUAUAUUUGUACAUCUUUAAAUAGUUUUCUUGGUGAACUUUUUUUACAUCUUUUUUCAAAACGUUUUUGAGUUAUAGCUAUUAAUUUGAAGAAAAACCAAAUACAUCUUGUAUUUAAACAUAAAAUCAAAUCUUCUAUCAAAACAGUAGCAUUCAUUAACACAAUAAAAAUAACCUCAGCACUGAGCAUACAAGGCCAGACAGGCCUGUUGAUAUUAUUUUCCACGACUAAAAGAGUUUGUCUAGCUUUCCACUUAAGCGACUCGCUUGUACGAUGUUUCAUGUCUUCGGGUGUUGUAGGUUUCUCCUGGUAAACCUCUCCAUACAUGGCCCCGGAGAAAGAAAUCGAGAGGCGUCAGAUCGGGAGAUCUCGCUGGCCAAUUGAUCAGUCCGCCUCUGCCUAUCCAACUAUCUAGUCUAGAUACUCCUGUACCGCUCGAUGGUAAUGUUGUACCACAAAUUUCUCCUAGUUGUUAGAUUUACAUUCUCUAGUACAGAUCGUUCCUUAAAAACACAUUGUACAUUUCACCUCAUUUGAAAUAGUGUGGUCCAAUAAUUUGAUCACCAAUGAUGAAAUCAAUAGUAUGAAAUCACAGAAUCUGUUUCAGAUCUUUCAUUACUUAAGUGAUAAAGUGAACGGUACAGUAUGGUUCAAAACACAUUUAAGAAAAACUGUUUCCAGUGAUGCCCUUAAAGGCCUGUAUCUCGGUAGGUGAUAUUUUAAACUUGUGGCAUUAUUUUUGUGUCCAAGUUAGGAUAUCCAGUUUUAAACUAAGUGCCAUUUUGUAAUUUUUACUGCUCAGGUUUAACGUAUAUCAUUCCGAACGUGUUUGAUACUAAAAUAUGGAUAUCUAGUCAAUAUGUCCAUCGUUAUGAGAUGUGUAUACUUUUGAUAGAAAAACGACAUAUAUGCUUAGGUAGUUACUUGUGAAAUAAUGUUAUAUUUUGCUACUCGUAGCCUGUACUGUUUCGUUUUGUUUUAUUUUAUGGUUAUAUGCUUUCCAGAAAGGCCCCCACCUAUUUAUUUUUUGAACACGACAAGGUAGCAAGUUGAAAUUUGGGGUAACAAAAAUGACCCGUGAAUACUUUAUUUUAGCUAACUUGAAUCGUUCAAACGUUAGGGAAAACCUUUCUGAGAAGCACUGUAUAUCCCAGGUGUUUUCAUUUUGUUGUCGUUGUCAUUAUAAUCCACAUUAUUUGUUGUCAUUUUCGUGUUUAUGGG